AUGGCGGAAGAAAAUAACGUUAAGGAUGCUGACGAAUUGGAAAAAGAGCACUUUGUCAGAAUUGUGAAUGCAUUCAAAUAUUACAGACUUUAUUCUCUUAAUCGGAUUCGGAACACGGAACGUUACUAUGACGAACUACCGGAUCAUCAUCGGACCAUUAUCCCUAACUUCCGGGAUCAUCUUAGCAAAGUUCGUAAUUGCAUUGAAACCAAUUUCCACCUGAUCAAACUUAUCAUACAGAACACAGAACACAUGUUUGAGAAUAAAAAUCAUGGCCCCGUUGAAAAUGGAGAAAUUUGUAUAUUACAGGGAGAAGAGGGUCUUCGCAAACAUCCCCCAACAUCUUAUGACAUGGACCGUGUGAAAACAACUUUGAAACAGUUUGUGCGUGACUGGAGUGAGUCUGGUCGCAGUGAGAGAGCUGCCUGUUAUGAUCCUGUCAUUCGGGAAAUUCGCAGAAGAUUCCCUCCUCAAAUUGAUCCCUCUACAGUGUUUGUGUUAGUCCCAGGUGCAGGACUUGGACGACUUGCUUACGAACUCGCCAAGCUUGGAUACAGUUCUUACUUUUUCUUUUCUUUUUUUUUUUUUUUUUUCUUUUUUUUUUUUUCUUUUUUUUUUCUUUUUUCUUUUGUCUUUUUCUUUUUGUCUCUUUUCUUUUUUUCUCUUUUCUUUUUUGUCUCUUUUCUUUUUUUUCUCUUUUCUUUUUUGUCUCUUUUCUUUUUUGUCUCUUUUCUUUUUUGUCUCUUUUCUUUUUUGUCUCUUUUCUUUUUUUUCUCUUUUCUUUUUUUGUCUCUUUUCUUUUUUUUCUCUUUUUUUUUUUUUGUCUCUUUUUCUUUUUUUGUCUCUUUUCUUUUUUUGUCUCUUUUCUUUUUUGUCUCUUUUCUUUUUUGUCUCUUUUUUUUGUCUCUCUUUUUUUUGUCUCUUUUUUUUUUUUUUGCUCUUUUUCUUUUUCUUGUCUCCUCUUUCUCUUUCUUUCAGGGUUCCCUUCUUUCUACUUUUUUUUUUUUGCCUCAUCCCGUUAUUUCUUAUAGUGUUUUCUGUUUGUCUAUUUCUGUUUCUUUUGAUCAUUUAACCAUUAUUAAUUUAUUGAUCUAUCUUGACUGCAAUUUCCUUUCUCCUUGUAUAUCUGUCUGUUGUCCCUCUAUUGGUAUGUGUAUGUGUGUCUUCAGUUCAUUGUAUGUCUAUAAUUGUUUCUUUUUUCUUUGUCAUCGUGUGUCUCCCUUUGUGUGUUCAACUGUCUCUAUUAUUUCUGUCUUUUUGUCUUUGUUCAUUCUACUUGUCUUUCUUUCUCUCAUUACAUCUUCUUCUCUUUCCAUCUCUUUAUUGUCUGUCUUUGUUAUUCCUUUUCUUUUUUUCUCUGUCUCUUUCUCCACCUGUGUAGCUUCUAUUGUUGUGUCAGUUCAUUUCUCCCUUGUGACUUCAUCUCUAUUCUUUUUCUUACUCUUACUGUCUUUUACUCCCACUUUCUUCUUAUGUAUCUCUGUGUAUUACAACACUCCUUUUUUAUAUUUUCACUUGUUCACAAUUUCUGCCACUCUCUUUCUCUAUCGUCUUACUCUCUUUCUCUAUUGUCUAUCAUCUUACUCUCUUUGUCUAUCAUCUUACUCUCUUUGUCUAUCAUCUUACUCUCUUUGUCUAGUGUCUUUCUCUUUGUCUAGUGUCUUUCUCUUUGUCUAUUGUCUUACUCUCUUUGUCUAUUGUCUUACUCUCUUUUGUCUUUCUCUUUCUCUAUCAUCUUACUCUCUUUGUCUAAUGUCUUACUCUUUCUCUAUCAUCUUACUCUCUUUGUCUAGUGUUUUUCUCUUUCUCUAUCGUCUUACUCUCUUUCUCUAUCGUCUUACUCUCUUUUGUCUUUCUCUUUCGCUAUCAUCUUACUCUCUUUGUCUAGUGUUUUUCUCUUUCUCUAUCGUCUUUCUCUUUCUCUAUCAUCUUUCUCUUUCUCUAUCGUCUUACUUUGUCUAA